AUGCUUUUCCAGUGUUGAUGUUCACCAUACAGGUUCAAGGAGAUCCGUCCCCAGUCCGCACAGUGGAUCGCCGGCGAUCCGAAACCGAACUCGAUCCAAGUUACAAUGUCUUGGUUUGCCCGAUCAAUCAAUAAUACGCUCAAAUUCGACGAUGAGGAAGAUGACGCCAUCAAGGGCAUCAAACCCGAACAGGAAAACCUCCUCCAAGACAACGAUGUUUCAUCUCCAACCUCGCCGUCGCGCGGCGUCAAAGAAGACCUCUCGGAACUGACCAAAACCCUCAAGAACCAGUUCUGGGGUGUAGCCUCAUUUCUAGCCCCACCGCCACAGCUCGAUCCGAACAACUCGGAACAGAAUCAGGAGCCCGACCCGGAUGGUGAAUCGGGCAUCCGUACUGACUUAGCUGAGAUCGGGGGAAGGUUCAGGAGCGGAAUUUCGAAGCUGUCGAAUAACAUCAACGUGACGGAAAUUACCAAAAUGGCCUCGAAUUUCCUACAGUUGGAAUCUGAUGAUGAAAUCGGUAAGGAAGGCAAUACAGAGGAUUUUGAUUCGGCGAGUAAAAAGGUAGUUGGUGUGACUGAGGAAGUGGUGGCUUUCGCGAGGGAUAUUGCGAUGCAUCCCAAAACUUGGUUGGAUUUCCCAUUGCCCGAAAGUGACAGUGAUGAUGAUGAUUUUGACAUGUCUGAUGCCCAACAAGAACACGCCUUAGCUGUUGAGCAUCUUGCCCCAAGAUUAUCUGCUUUGAGGUUUGAGCUUUGCCCAGGAUACAUGAGUGAAAGUUGCUUCUGGAAGAUCUAUUUUGUACUCCUGCACCCUCGACUGGAUAAAGAGGAUGCUGAAAUAUUAUCAACAUCUCAGAUAAUAAAAGCCAGAGCCUUGCUUGCACAGGAGUCAAAGAACCAGACACCAACAACGCUAGAAGACUUCCCUGGAAAAGUAUCUUCCGAUCCAAAAGAUGCCACCGCAUCUUCUCAUGAAGACUCCCUUUAUGCAUCAUCUACUAUUCCUUCUGAAAAUGAGCCUGAAAAAUCAUCUGCCCUUGAAUUAAGCACUUCCACUGCUACAGCUGCUUCUGAAAUAGUGAAGCACGCAGUCGAGAACACUGAAAUCCCAAUUAUUGACAAAGCGAUGAUUGAAGAAGAGGUGGUUGACCAAGUCAAGGAUCAAAAGUUGAACUCUGAUCCCUCUAAUGUUUUGGAAAUGAAGGAUGAGGAUGAUAGUGAUGACUGGUUGAAAGAAGAAAGUUCUGAAACUGGUGGUGCCGGUGGAACCAACAUCCCAGUUGAGAACGAGGAUGACGUGUCAUUUAGUGAUCUUGAAGAAGAUGAUGGAGAUAUGCCUGCUAAUUUCAGAAAAAAAAAUUACAAUUCUGAUAAAGACUCUCCAGACUGGUUAGAUGUUGAAGAAAUUAAUAUGUCGUGAUUAUCGUGUAAUACUCACUAUACACUAAUUUUAUUUUCCUAUUAUCUAUAGAGUUGAUCGUUAUUUCUCGAGUCGAGUCUUGGAGCAACGCUUUGCAAAUGUUAUAUUUGUAUAUAAACCUCAUAAUGUGAACCCUGGAUUUUUAUCUUACUACGAAAUAUUCAGUAAAUUGCUGUAUAGAUUCAGAGAAGCGUUGUAAAUAUUUGGCAAUAUCCAGACGGAUUUUAACUCGAUAA